AUGGCCUCUCAUCAUCUCGUCGCCAUCGCCGCAGGAAAACCUGACACCAUCGACUUGACAGGAGACAGUGAUUCAGAUUACGAACCAGAUUCUCUGGGGCCAGUGAAUCGCAACAACACUACCACAGCGCGCUUCACACCCAAUUUUUCUAUCUCAAGUGAGCGCCCAUCAUCAACAAACGCCCCCGUCAGCCCGCCCAGGUUGAAUAGAUCCACGAGCUCUAUCGCCGCCAGCCAGGAUAAACAGCCCUCCGCUUCUGCUGAACCGCCACGCCCAGCAUCUUCAGUACUCAAACUGAGCCAGAAGGUGACCACGAUAACGGCUAAUUCUGAUGACGCCCAAAGUAUGGCAAAGCUGUCUAGUGUUACAGCCUCCAACUUGGCAUCCCGUCAGGUGACGCCCACGCCUGAAAAAGACGGUUCAAAAUCAGCGCAACAGAGCAAACCGGCAUCUCCUAAAUAUCAAACGCCUAAAAAGCAGGAAUGGGAUGUCGCUGCUGUUGUCGAGAAGCUGACACAGUUUCGCCAAGAUAUCAAGGAUGGACACAGUCGCAUGACCUCUUAUAUCAUUGAGUCUACCAAGCCUAAUGAACGUCGUGUUAUGACAGGCAAAAACCUCUUCGCCGGACUUAUUAACAAACCUGUCGCGUCCAAGAAGGGAGAAACGAUGAGAAUCAAAUCCAAAGAACACACGAAGCUUAAGAACAACAAACGUGAGGAUCACUACAGCAUCGUACGCAUCCAGACAGAUGAAGAGCGUGUCCCAAGAUACCGCUUUCAUCAUGUGGAAAUCAAAAAGAAUAUUCUUACACCCAACACAAUGCUAACCUUUGUACCCCACUUGAGGGAUCUUGAGACCUCAGAGGAGUACAAAUACAAUGUUUGGUUGCAAGAAUUGGAGGAUAUUGAUCGCAAAUCUGGUUUCAAGCCCAUGAGUCGCGAGGAGAAAGUCCGCAUAGCAGUGCGGUCCGAAUUUGCAUCGACUGUCUUGUUAUAUCUUGGCACUUGGCUCGACAAGCUCUCAAUACCUGGCUGUAACAGAUCAGCUCUCAUUCGCUUCAUGGCAAGUCGAGAACCUGACGAUGCGAUCACGCCUCGACAAAAAUCAGACAUUCUCAACUCACAUCGCCCUGCCGAGUCUACCACACCGCCCGAGGCAAACAAAGCCGCCCACAUGUUCACGGAAGCAUUCCGCCGUGUCUUUCAUCAGGGCCAGCCCCCGACCAAGCAGAUUGAGCUCCGUGAUGUCUUGCUUUUAGAUGAGUCAGUCGACAGCAUCAUGGAAACCAAGCCCACAGCCAAGGAUGGCUCCAGCACACAGCACGAAAACGAGCAUGAUGCUGUCGAGUAUUGGCUGGGAACUUAUUCAAUCCUUGGUUGCCUUAUCUGCUUCAGUCAUUCAUGUGAGCACGGCGAAUACGAUGCCCAGAAUUGCAAGCGUACCCUUUCGAUUCUUCCCCGUCUUUCGGAUACUCUUAAGCGGCGACGUCGCCUCCCCUACAGUGCAGGUGAUGCGGUUAAUGGCAAUGGCCCCUUGUCCCCACUCUGCAAACGUAACUGCUAUCGAAGCUCGCCCCGGCCUGUUGCUGCCUCAACCCAGAGGCCCUGGGAUGAAGAGGAUCAUUUUAUCCUUCGAUCUACGGUUGUGACCGCCGACCGCAGCAAGGUUACGAAAGAUCCCUUCUGCUUGGUUGCCCAGCUCCUUGACCGGGAUUGCAGCGACGUAUUUAAUGAAUUUCAAAAGCUGAAUGUGUCCAUGUCUCCAGUAGAGCCAGCUAACAGAUCUCAAAUUCGGACCGUCAGCUGGUAUGAUCGUUUCAAAAAGACGCUCAUCGGCGACUGGGAAUCUCACACCAAAACCCACGAACAUCAAAAACGGGAACUCUCCGAACCUUGUAAUCAUGAAGGGCCUUGUACCUCAGAAAGCUGUAUUUGCGUUCAACAUGGUGUCCUAUGUGAGAAGUUCUGCGGCUGUACCGUGGAAAACUGCGCCUACAAAUUCACAGGCUGUGCCUGCCACUCGCAAGGCAAAACUUGCCUCUCAAAAGGAAAGGAAAGGCCAUGUAUUUGUGUGCAGCUGAACCGCGAAUGCGAUCCAGAUGUUUGUGGUCGAUGUGGGGUGGUUGAGAGAGCCGAUCCUGAGAACGCUGAUGAUGAAGUUCUUCAUUCUACCGGCUGUCAAAACUGCUCGCUGCAGCGGGGCCAAGCGAAGAGCCUCGCUCUUGGAGAGAGUCAACUUGAGGGAGUCGGGUAUGGGUUAUUCACUAUCGAAGAUAUUUCACAGGACGAUUUCAUCAUCGAAUACCUGGAGAGGAAUUUUUUCUCCAAUUAUGGCGAAAACUUCCCCAAUCUGACAAAGAAGCUACUCGACCAUAAGGUGGAAGGGAAGUCUGACCAGGUUAAAAACCGAUCGCGGCGGCCCAACGGAGAAGGGGUCGCAAGGAAGAAUCCAAAGACGGAUAAGAAGAAGCCCGGAAAGGGAAAGAAACGUGCUCAAGCAGUUCUCGAUGAAGACGAUAUGCUGGUGGAUACGCUUGGUUUCGCUCCAAAGCCUCUACGUAAGCGUAAGAAGGGCCCAUUCGAGGAAGACUCAGAAGAAGAAGAGUAUCACCCGACUGGCACCGAUGCCUCUAUCAUGGAAACACCUUCAGAUGGAGAUUCGGAUUUUGGAAAUUCAGCAGCAAGACUAAGAAAACGAGCGCGACAAGAUGGCAAGGGAGCAGCGUCGAGCCAUAAUGGCAAACCACGAGGAGACCCAAAAACACGCGGCAAAAGAGGAGGCGCCAGACCUGGAAGUGGUCGACCGAGAAAGUAUCCACGAAAGCUGACUUCAGCUCCGAUAAUUGAGCAUCCUUCAGCUUCGGAAUCGCAAGAUCGAGAGGACCCAGAAGAACGCCAGAUCGUGGCUGCAGAUACCAUCGUGCCUACUGCACUACAACGGCCACAGCCAAUGGAAAUCAACGACAGCAUGGAAUAUAUCACUUUUUCAGAGGAACGCACUGAAGAGUCCAGGCUGCUCCAGAGCCAACUAGAGGAGGACAAUGAUGACGACGACGACGAGGACCAAGACGUGGUUGUACGGUCGCGCGUUGAUCGAGGUGUCAGAAACCGGCGCCCAACAGCCAAGUUAAGAGAUGACGGAGACUGGUUAGGCGGGAGUCAAUAA